UGUCCCCGUCGUCUGUUCCCUGCUUGUCAUGCACAAUAAAUGAAUGUUAACAACUCAUCGCCUGCCAGUCAUUUUGGCGCGUCCGCCAAUGUUUUGGGUUGUACAUAAAUUAAUACGAUUGGCGAAGUUAAGCGGAACUGUCGUGUCAGACCCUUGUCCUCGUGACGUAAGGCAUGUCGACACCACAGGGAGACAGGCCACUGUUGUGAGAGGGUCCGGGAGAACUGGUCGCUUAUUAUAGACUUUACUAGUCUCAUCCAAACAGUGUCCUUCCGUGUUCUUGGGACCCAAGAUGCACCUGUAUGACAGUGCAGUGUGAGGAGACCGACUGUGAUCGUUUACUCUGUAAAUCAACACUGGGCGCUGCACGGAGUUGUUCUGCCUUACUAGUUGAUAGGCACCAGUUGAAGUAAGUGACUCCAGGAGUGGAGACGGCACUCUCAGGGCUUCCGUGUAAUCAACUUCUUGUCUAGUGAGGAACCCCACAUCACAGCCACGCUGGAGCUGUCUAAGGCAGGGGAACUCCUGGACAGGUUACAGGAGACCAACGGACUGGCCAGGACUCUGUCCGGCAUGUCGUACGCACAGUUCGGUUACCCCUACCCGUCCUCAUCACAGUUGCUCAUGUCCAGCCACGCCGCGUCGUGCUGCGAGGCCGGGCGGCCCAUCAUGUCGGACCCGCACACCGGCCAGGCCGUGUGCUCCUGUCAGUACGAGGGCAGGGUGGCCGGGCUGGUGCCGCCACGGGUCGGUGAGAUGUCCCUCAGCAGCGUGUACGGCUCGCCGUACGCCGGACAGGGCUACAUCGCCUCCUUCGGUGCCGACCCGUCGGCCUUCUACUCUCCUUUGGCGAACCCGUACGACCCGUCGGCAGGUCUCCAGCAGCCCACCGCCUACUACCCGUACGACCCGGCCACGUUAGCCGCCGGCGCACAGUACCCAUACGGCAGCUAUGGUGCUAUGGACGGAACAAGACGGAAAAACGCCACCAGAGACGCCACCAGUACCCUCAAGGCCUGGCUCAAUGAACACAGGAAGAACCCGUACCCCACCAAGGGCGAGAAGAUCAUGCUCGCAAUCAUCACCAAAAUGACUCUAACUCAGGUGUCCACAUGGUUCGCGAACGCCAGGAGGAGACUCAAGAAGGAGAACAAAAUGACCUGGUCGCCGAGAAACAGGUGUGGGGAAGACGGAAGGAGGGAAGACGGGAGCGACAACGAAGACGACGACGAUGAUGAAGACAGAAAAGAUCGCGAGGGAAACAGCGACGACGACAAUCACGGAGGGCUGGAGGGAGACAGAGAUAAUAAGGAGUUGGAUGUGGGAAAUCCUUGCGAAGAAAGCCGACAGGAAGACAACACCAGCGGGUCAGUAUCGGACUAUCGGCCGCCGCCUCAGUCCUCCAGCCCCGCUGAUUCCCUGGGAUCUAUUAGUGCUGCACCGAGACCGGCCAGUCCCGAGCCCAGUCCGGCCGCGAACUCUGUACCGGUCCCGCCGAUUCCUUCCGAAAACAAGCCAAAGAUCUGGUCCUUAGCCGACACGGCGACCUGUAGUAGCCCUGCCCCACGGCCGGACAUAGUCAAAACGACCCUACAAGGCCCCGUACAUAUGCAAUUUUCACACCAUAGACCUUUCGAUUCCGCGGUAACCAACCUACGGCAGUGGGUGGACGGAGUUUUCCACCGGCCGAUCGGAUCAUUGCCUUCGGGCCCGAUGGGACCUCUGCCCGUGGCAAGUCAGGCAUCUGCCUCGGCAACGGUAUCGGGAAUGCACCCUAGCUCCACUCCGCACACCACUCCCCCAGGAUUCGUGUCGUCCCAGGAGAGAACCCCUGCCCUCCCCAUCGCACUCAGGACUCAUGCUUCACCAGCCAAAGACGAACCUUGCAGAACGGCUAUAGACUUGGGCUGCGAGGCCGACCAACCCAUCCGUACAGCUUUCAAGCCGGUACAAAAGAGGUAAGAUGAGGUCAAGUGACGGCGUCCCGGGGCAGUCUCGGCCGAGAGAGUUCGUGGCAGCCAUGGCGUUAACAAGCCUCUCCAGAUAGUACCACCACAGCCCCAGCCUACACACACUCCCACCGGGAACCACAGGGCACACUAAACGGACACUCCUCCCGUCCCUACGGGGUCCUGACCGCCCUUCGCCCCGCCGUCACCCCCACUUCAACCCGAAAGGUUAUUUCUAUAUAUUUGUUACAUAUUAAGCGCCGCUUGUGUGUCCCGCUGGGUGCAUUAUGGAAGAACGGGUACCACAAACUCAAUGUAUGUCGUUUGGCGAGCUAGCCCAACACACAUGCCACAACCACCAGACAAGCAAUAGCGUAAUUAUGUUGUAGUUUUCUUGUAUGUGAAGCUUAGGUAAACACCUUGGUUUCCGUAAGUUUUCGUUAGGGAUAUAUUUAUUCCCCGUUUUACCGCAGCGGUCUCGUGUAAAAUUCCUGACUACCUCUGUUGAGUUUACGUAUACACCCAGAGAAAACUCGUUUGCGGGUUGCUUUAAUUGUGUGAAGUAAAGUCGUCUUGUGUACAUGUCGCUAGUGCUGUUGUAUUUGCUGCUCUGCUGUUGUUCAACCAACCAAGCACGGACGAAAUUCUCGGGGAAUCAAAUUGAUGAGUCCUUCGUGGCUACAGAGUCAAUGGUGUGUGUAGUGCAGAUUUAUGAUCGAGUGUGCUUCACGAUUUCUACACAGGGACCUCAGAUUGCUAAUAGGAAAGUAAAGGAAGAAUCGAAUAGCAAAAAAUAACGUGUAAAAACACCAAAGAGAAAAGAGUGAAAAUACACAUUGCUUCCGUAUGAAUAUUUAAAGAUUUUGUAUUUGUUGUAUAUUGUAUAUUUUGUUUGUAUAUAUGCAUAAUGAGGACCAACUAUAUUGUAACGUGUACUCAUACUGUGUAUAGUAAUAAUUCACGACAUGAGAUUUAUAAAUAUAUAUUGUGGGGUGCUUUUACACUCUGUAACACGUGGAUUUGAAUCGUUGUGUGGAUAUUUUCUAGUAGCUGAGUUUUGAUUUGAUGUGUGAUAUUUGAACUGGUUUGAUGUGUUUUGUACGAGUCGGUGUGGGGGGAGUGUAGUGUAGCGUAGGUUUCCGGUUCUCAGUGGUGAGUUCACCGUCAGACCGACAUGCUUAGAUAGCGUUACACAGCCGCAGUCUAAACCAACCGUCAGGCUAGAGAGCCUACAAAGACUAAGCAGUGUGAUCUAUACAUCUAAACAGGUGUACCGAUGUAUCGUAUGCUGCUAUUUCCCAUUCUUAAACUGAGUUGUGUGUAAAUUCCAACAUAAAUAAAUGUAUACGUUACAUGUA